UGUGUCAUCUGCCUGGAUACCGUCACCGAACGUGCCGUCGCCGUGCCCUGCAAUCACCUGAACUUCGAUUUUCUCUGUUUAUUGAGCUGGUCUCAAGAACACCCUUCCUGUCCACUAUGCAAGGCUCCAUUGACUGCCAUCGAGUAUGACUGGCGCUCUCCGACAGAUCACAAAGUCUACACCAUUCCUAAGCAAGAAACGCCUAAAACUCCUGCUGUCGCGUCCGCCACAUCUCGCUUUCGUCCACCUCGCCGACGCCCUGCUACUUCGCAUCGUCCGCUAUACACAACCCCAGAUGCCGCUCUAGCUUUCCGUCGUCGCAUCUAUGCAGACCAGAACUACAGCUUGCACGUAGGCACAAACCGUACCUCGCAAUAUCAAAACUUCACACCCGCUACUUUCGCCGCAUCCCCCCCUCUCCAAUCACGCGCUCGCCUCUUUAUGCGUCGUGAGCUACUCGUCUUUGAUUUCUUGGCCGACAACAAUGCCAGACUUGGUUUUCUGAUCGAGUACAUCGUCGCUAUCCUCAAGACAACCGAAAUUAAAGAUGCCUCUGGCUCUGCAAGUGCCUUGGUAGCUGAAUUUUUGAGUCUCAAUGCUGCUUCGCUGUUCUUGCACGAGUUGGAGGCUUGGUUGCGAUCACCAUACGAAAGAUUGGAAGAUUGGGAUCGUCACGUUCAGUAUGCG